CACCGGCCAGGGCCGCCAGGGCGCAAACCAGACUACAACCUCAUCGAUCUCACAGUCAGAGUGCUUCAACCAGCCGGUUUCUUGAUCCUGACUUCAUACGGCGGCGUCCUAGCUUGCAAGCGAGCUUGAUCCCGCGGCGCCGGCGUGUCGGCGAACUUAAUUGGUUUGGAUUCUUUCGCUGCCUUGGUGAUCGGCGGUUCUUGGCCAUGGGCAACUACCUGUCUUGCACGCUGGCAAAGGCGCCCGACGGGAGGUGCGUGAGUGUGAUACUGCCGGACGGCAGCGUGGGGCAGGUGGCGCUCCCGGCGACGGCGGCCGAGCUGAUGAUGGACGCGCCCGGGAACUUCCUCGUCGACGCGCGUGCCGCAAGUCUGGGGGCGCGGCUGGCCGCCCUGCCGGCCGACGAGGAGCUCGAGCUCGGCGGCGUGUACGCCACGUUCCCGAUGAAGCGGCUCGGCACGCUGCUGGCGGCGGCGGACAUGGCGCGCCUCGCGGCCACCAGGGAGACGCGGCGGUCCGCCAAGGUAGCAAACGUCAUCGUUUCGCCGCCGCUGGCUGAGGCGGCUGUGGCCACGGAGGAGGUGCCGAGGUUACGGCUGGAGGAGAUGGUGGACGACGCGGCGGCUGCGGAGAUCGGCGUGUUGAAGCACCGGCUUAGCAAUGCGCGGUCAAGGAGGACGACACUGGAGACCAUACAUGAGGAAAAUUACCUAUCAAGAACCUAAAACAUGGCAAAUCUUUUUUAUAUGUGAUUUACACAUAUGUUUUUCUUUUCUUUUCAUCUUGGAGCAUACAGUAGAACUGAAGUUACAAAUGAUAUGUAAUGGAAGUAACUUGUACAACCUAUUUUUUGUGAAACAAUCCAGUAUAUACUAGGUCAGGCUUGUCUGUUUGUUUUA